AUGCAGGGGAAGGAGGCGAGCUCCUGCACGGGAUGCUGGAGACUAACGCUGCUGUCGUGCGUCCUGGUGCUGCACUUCAUCCCGGUCCACGGAAACGUUGUCGGGAACAAUGCCACUGUGCCGGACAGUGCAGCCAAUGCUACCUCCCUGCUUAGCGAGGAGGCGGGGCCUGUCAAGGUCAACGAGGCCGUCGCCACGGUCGGCGGGUUGAGCAGCUCGGCCAGUCCUGACACUGUGACCCAGAGGGCGGGCCAUCCCCGAGCCGGCGAGGAGGACGAGCAGAGCAGCGGCAUGUUCGCCGAAACGGUGGUUCCCACGUUGGAGGAAGUGGGCGUGACCGCACCGCCCAAGAUAAGCCCUGACUCGGCCGAGACGGAGCACCUGCUGCCUAGCAUCCCACGCGGACAGGACGCAAUGGAGAGCGAGGAGGAGGAGGAGGAAGAGGAGGAGCGUCUGCCACACACCGACCUGCCAUGGAUCCACGUCAAGGACACCGCCGUGCUUGACCUCGACCGCCUCUUCACCACCACCACCGCCCAGCCCUCGGCCCCCACCAACCCCGCUAACCCCGACGUCCUCCAUGUGGACUUCUUCGACCCCUCCUCUCGUGGUCGUGGCCUCGACCUGGCCCCACCCUCUCCUUCAUCACUGGCCCACGAGCUGCAGGGAGGCGACCCGACCUCCUGGGCGAUGCCGGACAACUACGACUACCUCACCCCCUACGAGGAUGGCGUGUCCCCCACCGCUGACGAGUACACCUACAGCACCACGACUGACACCUACGAGAGUGACGAUGACCUCCGGCUCUCCGCUGGGUCUCGACCCAAGCCCAGGGUCCCGGGAUCCGGCUCCUUCAACCCCGGGGCGGCACUUCCUGGUGCCGAAGCUCCCGUACCAAAAAUCCCUGUGGCGGCUCCUCCGGCGGCCUCACCGGUGGACGGGUCCGACGGGAUGGGUGGAUGCCGCGUCGGCUACCAGAUGUCGAACGGAAGUUGCCGCUCGCCCUGCGACAUGCCGCCCAACUACUGCUUCAACGGGGGGCAGUGUUACCUGCUGGAGGGCAUGGGAGUCUUCUGCAGAUGUAACGUCCAGGAUUACAUCUGGCACAAGGGUGCUCGCUGCGAGUCGGUGGUGACCGAGUUCCAGGUGAUGUGUCUGGCCGUGGGCGCCUCGGCUCUGGUGCUCCUGCUGCUCUUCAUGAUCGUCGUCUGCUUCGCCAAGAAGCUCCACGUGCUCAAGACGGAGAACAAGAAGCUGCGUAAGCGCAGCAGUAAGUACCGGCCUUCAUCGGAGCAGCACAAUGAUAAUUUCUCGCUGUCCACCAUCGCUGAGGGCUCCCACCCAAAUAAAACCAUGAGCAGAUACACCUGGGAGUGUAAGACCAAAGAGGAGUCCGACUGCGAGGAUGAUCCUAAUUCCCAGAACAAGCUGGAGGACCCGGUGAAGGCCUCGGCCAAGGAGGACGACUCCCUCAACAUCCACAACUCCCUGACCCCCAAACACGAGAACCACAAGGUCCUGGGCGAGGAGAACUCCUCGGAGGUAAACUCACUGCAGAACAACAUGAUGUGAAAACAAACAAAAAAAGAAACCCCAGCAACCUGACUACACGACACUGAAAACGAGAAAAGGUGCGCCGGCGACGGAGCUCCCUAAACCCCUCCCUGCUCUCCGUGCGUCCGCUGCCGGGUGCGCCUAACGGGUCAACCAACCAAUCAACCAACCAACCAGCCUGCCAACGUACCAGCCAACCAACCCGGCCUGCAACCGUCUCCAACACGGCAACACUGCCACCAAGCGGCCCGGGCCGCUGCAAAAACGUACACCACCACCACCACCAACGCCGCAGCUACCACCUCCACCCCCUGCUGAGAGUAAACCC